GUCAAGCCGUUCCUGCAGGGUCACACAUACGGUUAAAUCUGCAGACGGGAGACAGAGAAGCCAAGCUCUCAGAUAGCGAAAACGGAAAAAGUGACAUGAGAGAAGAGAGAAGAAGAAAAAGGCUGGGCAAAGUGGAUGUUGACUCAAAUUCAUUCUCAUCCCAGGAGCUCAAAAAAGCAUUGGCUAAAAUGAAGGAGAGUGAAAAGGCAGAAAGAAAGGCCCACGAGGAAGAGGUAAAGAAGAAGUUCCGGCCCAUAGAGCAGCUGAAGGAGGAGUUUGAAAAGCUGAAUGUGAAGAUGGAAACAGAUUAUGAAAUUAUGGUUAAAUUAAUCAGCAAAUUCAACAGCUCUGCCUCCACACUGGAUGAAAAAGUUGCAGCGCUUGAUGAUCUUGAAUAUUAUGUUCACCAGGUGGACAACGCUAAGGACUUUCUCUCCAUGGGUGGACUCCAGCUUGUGAUCGACGGGCUGAACAGCACCGAGGCCACGCUGAAGGAGCACGCUGCCUUCGUCCUGGGAGCCGCGCUGUCCAGUAACCCCAAAGUCCAGAUAGAAGCAAUCGAGGGGGGUGCGCUGCAGAAGCUCCUGGUUAUUCUGGCUACGGAACAAUCCCUGGCUGUCAAGAAGAAGGCUCUCUUCGCACUGUCCUCCAUGCUGAGACACUUCCCCUACGCCCAGCAGCAGUUCCUCAAGCUGGGUGGCCUCCAGGUCCUCAGGAACCUCUUCAGGCAGAAGGGGAUGGAGACCCUCCACGUUCGUGUGGUGACGCUCCUCUACGACCUCAUCGUGGAGAAGAUGCUGCUUGAGAAUUCACAGCACGGAGAGCAAAUGGAAGAGAAAAUCCAGCAGUACCGGCAAGUCAAACUGGUCCCGGCGGUGGUGGAGCAGGACUGGUGCGUGGUUGUUUCCAACCUCCUGGCCAUGCCGGAGCACGACACUCGGGAGAAGGUCCUCAAGAUGGUCGGUGUGCUGAUGGCCUUCUGCAAGGAGCGCUACCAGGGGGACCAGGCCCUCAGCACCACCCUCAGCCUCCUGCGCAGUGAGUACGAGGAGCUGGCGGCAGAGGAGCAGAGGGAAGGUGACAAAGACGGCUAUUUCAAGGAACUGCUUGGCUCCGUAAAUACCAUCAUUCAGGAAUUAAGAUGA